UUUUACAAUAAAUGAAAACAGAAAUUUUUAAAAAAUAUCGGUGCGGGUGUGUCCUGGAUUCCUCGUUGUGGUGGUUCGUGAGAAAGAUGGAGUAGUGGGAAGGUUGUGGUUUUUGCUUUUUUGUGAGAAAUUUUCGAUCUCAAUUUCAGUGAAGAAUAAAACGCUGCUAGAACCGGAAAAAAAAAAAAAAAAAAGAACCCUAGUUUUUUGCCCGCAUAAUGGACCCAUGGAAAUCGGAUGAUUUCUCACCAGCUUCAGCUCCUUCUUCUACUCAGCCUCUCUCUGUCUCUGUGCCCACCUCCAAUCGCUCUCACACCUCUCACUCUGAUUCAAGACAAAGGCUUGAUGUGGAAGUAAAGGAUCCAAUUGCUGCAAGAAAAGUUCAGAAGGCAGACCGGGAAAAGUUGAGAAGGGAUCGACUAAAUGAGCAGUUUCUUGAGUUGGGAAACACAUUAGAUCCAGAAAGACCAAAGAAUGACAAGGCAACCAUUCUAACAGACACAAUCCAAGUGCUGAAGGAUUUGACUGCUGAAGUGACCAGACUAAAGGCUGAGUAUACAGCACUUUCUGAAGAAUCACGUGAGUUGACACAAGAGAAAAAUGAGCUAAGAGAGGAGAAGGUGUCUCUAAAAUCCGAUAUAGAAAAUCUGAAUGCCCAAUAUCAACAGAGAGUGAGGGUGAUGUUCCCAUGGGCUGCUAUCGAUCCUUCUGUUGUUAUGGGUCCACCUUACUCCUAUCCAGUGCCUGUUCCUGUCCCUCCAGGUUCAAUUCCCAUGCAUCCAUCGUUACAGCCUUUUCCUUUCUUUGGUAGUCAGAAUCCUGGCACUAUUCCCAAUCCUUGUUCCACUUUUGUUCCAUAUCCUACUCCUUCCAAUCCUCCGGUAGAACAGCCAGCAGCUCAAUAUGCAUCCACUUCCCACACUUCAAGCAAAGAAGAUUCCAAAAGAAAGUCAUCCGAUCAUCAAAGGGGCAACAAUGUGGAAAGAUGUGAUGAUUCCAAUGAUGUGGCAACAGAUCUCGAACUUAAGAUACCAGGAUCUUCAGUGCGGCUGGAUUCGAGUUCUGGAGGUAGGAAGGGAAAGCAAUCACAGAGGAAGGAAAGGAGUGCUACAGAUGGAAGCUCUUCUAGUAGGUAUUCUUCGUCUCAAGUUCUUCAGGACAGCUCGUCCAACAGUGUAGGUGACCCUCCAAAAUCUUAACGACUAAAUAUGUUCAAGUUGCCUGUACUACUGACCGUAUCAUCCCGUGUUCUGGGACAUCCUGUAAAUACUGAAAUUUUGACUGUUCGCCUGUUUCUGAAUCGAUUCUAACGAAAUUGCUGGUAAGAAGGCAAGGCUGUUCUCCUGCUGGUAACUUCCUCCACCACAAAAGGUUGUUAGGGUGGUGUGGUUGGAUUGUGCCAUUCGAUUGAUCAAUCCAAGAGGUUCUGUGAUAUUCUUCAGGAUGGGAUGGCUUUUAUUAUUUCUUCAAAGCCCUGGGAUUCCAAAAGCUCGUUGGUUGACAAAAAAAAGGGUAGUUGGAUAUGAAUGGAUUAGAAAAAGAAGGGUGUUUGGAUAUGUGAUAAAUGAUGUCAAAUGUGGUUUUGUUGUAAAAUGCAUUUUCGUUUUACAAUUUGUGUUGUAAAUUUAGCCUUCUAGUGAAUGCCAUUUAAAGAAAUAAAAUGAAUUGGAUUUAUA